AUAGCAAAGCUACCAACCACCCAACCCAACCCAAAAAAGGUCAUAUUUUGCAUCCAAAUCACAAACCUUUGCACAAACAAAAAAACAGAGCUCACAGAAACUCCAAACCAAACCAACAAGAUAGAAAGCAGAGAAAGAUACAAAAACAGAGGGACCAAAAUCCACCUCUUAUUCAUCUUCAAUUCUCAUUCUUUCUUCUUCUAUCGCCACUCUCCACCCACCCAGAAGCGAAAAUGGCUUCGUCCUUAUCCCUCCUCUCACCCCACAAUGCAUCCACCACCCACCUUCUCCUGCGCACCCCCAAAACCCCUAACCUGCGCUCUUCUUCUUACAGGCCCAUGUCCAUCAAAGCUCGCACAGUCCCUGCCCUCACUCAAGACGAACUCAAGAAGCUUGCAGCCGAUAAGGCCGUCGAGUAUGUCAAGAGCGGCAUGGUCCUCGGCCUCGGCACUGGCUCAACAGCCGCCUUUGUGGUCUCAAAGCUCGGAGAGCUCUUGAAAUCUGGUGAAUUGCAGAACAUAGUUGGAGUUCCAACUUCAAAACGUACGGAGGAUCAAGCUCGCCAAUUGGGUAUCCCUCUUUCGGUUCUCGAUGAUCACCCCAAGAUCGAUUUGGCCAUAGAUGGUGCAGAUGAGGUCGACCCAAAUCUUGACUUGGUUAAAGGGCGUGGUGGGGCUUUGCUCAGAGAGAAAAUGGUGGAGGCCGCUUCAGAUAAGUUUGUUGUGGUGGCUGAUGAGACCAAGUUGGUGACUGGUCUUGGAGGAAGUGGACUGGCAAUGCCUGUGGAGGUUGUACAGUUUUGCUGGAAAUAUAACUUGGUGAGGCUUCAGGAGUUGUUUAACGAAGAAGGGGUUGAAGCAAAGUUGAGGUUGGAUGGUGAUGGAAAGCCUUAUAUCACUGAUAACUUCAAUUACAUUGUGGAUUUGUAUUUCAAGAGUCCCAUUAAAGAUGGGCCGGCUGCCGGGAAGGAGAUUUCGAAAUUUGAAGGGGUUGUGGAACAUGGGUUGUUCUUGGAUAUGGCGACCGCGGUCAUCAUUGCAGGCAAGGAUGGAGUGGAUGUUAAGAACAAGUGAUUCUCUUUUUCACUUUUUUUCUGGUGAUGAAUGAUGAAAUACGGAAAAAUCAAGGAAUGUUACACCAACUCGAAAUUAACCUGAAGUAUAUCAAAUUCAUGUAUGAUGAAGCUAUAGAACAAACAAAUAGAAGGCUCAAUCUCGUGACAGCACUUUCCACCCUACUUCCACA